GGGCGCCAGAGGGCGGAGUCAGCAACAAGGUAGUAGACGAAGAAGAGCUGCAGGUAAACAUGUCGGCGCGCUGCUGUCACGGAGCAACUCGGGUGAACUUGAAACGCGUUUAGCUCGGCUCGCAUCAGCGUGAGAGAGCCGGAGGAUGGCUCACCGCUACCUGCGGCUGUCGGCGGGCUGCCGCGGCCUGUUCCGCCUGCUGCCGCCCUCCGGAGCUCCGGCCAGGCUGGUAGGUGCACGACGGGAAUCCAAACCCACUAACUCACAGAGAGCAUCGGGGAGGUCAACGGGAGGAGGAGGAGGAGCAGGUGGCGGCGGCGGCGGCGGCGGGGGAAAGCGAGGAGGUCGUAAGGAUGAGUCACACUGGUACAGCCGUCUGCAGAAGGGGGAGGUGCCCUGGGACGAUAAGGAAUUCCGGAUGUACUUACUGAGCGGGGUGGCGUUCUGGACCACCGUCACUUACUACUUCUUCCUGAGGGACGGAGGACGCGAGGUCACCUGGAAAGACUUUGUCAACAACUACCUGUCCAAAGGCGUGGUGGAUCGGUUGGAGGUGGUGAACAAGCGCUACGUGAAGGUGGUUUUCUCUGCAGGGAAGACGCCGGUGGACGGGCAGUACGUCUGGUUCAACAUCGGCAGCGUGGACACGUUUGAGAGGAACCUGGAGACGGCGCAGUACGAGCUCGGCAUCGAGGGCGAGAACAGGCUGCCCGUGUGCAUCCUCUUCAUUGACGAGAUCGACGCUGUGGGGCGCAAAAGGGGGCGGGGCAACUUUGGCGGUCAGAGUGAGCAGGAGAACACGCUGAACCAGCUGCUGGUAGAGAUGGACGGCUUCAACACCGCCACCAACGUGGUGGUCCUGGCGGGAACCAACAGACCCGACAUCCUGGACCCGGCGCUGAUGAGACCCGGCCGCUUCGACAGACAGAUCUACAUCGGCCCUCCUGACAUCAAAGGUCGGGCGUCCAUCUUUAAAGUCCACCUGCGGCCCCUGAAGCUCGAGCCCGACAUGGACAAAGACUCUCUGGCCAGGAAGAUGGCCGCCCUCACACCUGGAUUUUCAGGUGCCGACAUCGCCAACGUUUGUAACGAGGCGGCUCUGAUUGCCGCUCGCCACCUUUCAGACGCUAUCAGCCAGAAGCACUUCGAGCAGGCCAUCGAGAGGGUCAUCGGAGGCCUGGAGAAGAAGACUCAGGUCCUGCAGCCAGAGGAGAAGAAGACGGUGGCGUAUCACGAGGCCGGGCACGCCGUGGCCGGAUGGUUCCUGGAGCAUGCCGACCCGCUGCUGAAGGUGUCCAUCAUCCCCAGAGGGAAGGGGCUGGGCUACGCGCAGUACCUGCCCAAAGAGCAGUACCUGUACACGAAGGAGCAGCUGCUGGACCGCAUGUGCAUGACUCUGGGGGGCCGAGUCUCCGAGGAGAUCUUCUUCGGCCGGAUCACCACGGGCGCUCAGGACGACCUGCGAAAGGUGACGCAAAGCGCCUACGCCCAGAUCGUUCAGUUCGGGAUGAACCCGAAGGUGGGCCAGGUGUCCUUCGACCUGCCGCGCCAGGGCGAGAUGGUUCUGGAGAAGCCGUACAGCGAGGCCACGGCCCGCCUCAUCGAUACCGAGGUCAGAACCCUGAUCAGCGAAGCGUACCAGAGAACACAGCAGCUCCUCAACGACAAGAAGGCCGAGGUGGAGAAGGUGGCGCAGCGGCUACUGGAGAAGGAGGUUCUGGAUAAGAACGACAUGGUGGAGCUGCUCGGCAAACGGCCCUUCGCUGAGAAGUCGACUUACGAGGAGUUCGUGGAAGGAACCGGCGGCGAGGACGAGGACACGACGCUGCCCGAGGGUCUGAAGGACUGGAACCAGGAGAGGAAGCCGGAGCGGGAGGAGAGCCCGGACGAGCAGGUGGCCCGGCAGAUCUCCGGAGGAAUGCCCUUCUAGAAGUUCCUCCGGGUUCUGUCCUCCUGCCGGAGAGCCUUCUGAGGUCUCCUGGUGAACUUCAGCAGGGCCGGGGUGGAACCUGAAGACCUGAAGAGCGUUUCCUGUGUAGAACAUCGCGUAUUUAUUGAUCCGAGACUAUCGACGGCGUUCUGCUCCAUCCAUGAAAUCACUCAUCGUCACCAUGGUAACGUGCUGCUGGAGGCUGCUCAGAGAUCAGAUAUUGAUUAGUUGAUCGUUGUUGCUAGCAUGCUGUUUCAUAAUGGAAUAAAUGUGUAAAUGUGUUUGACAUGUUGAAAUAAAGUCAGAGAAACUGAUCGAUCACCAA